AUGCAUCGAAUCAAGUCCAAAAUGUCCGCAACUGUCCGAGGAGGCGCGUCCUAUCUCCCUGACGGAGCUCACCAAGGCGGCGGUGGCCUAUCCGGCGCCGAGCAAAAGGUCAAGACCUUGAGCCCAGCAAUCGCCGCGCAUCUCCGACGCAUCUACAACGCACAUGCCGACAGCGUGACCAAAGCCUGGCGCCAGGAGGAUGUCUCUGUCUGGCUCCGGUGCUGCCAAGGCGACGACGAGGCUGAGCUUGCUCGGGAUUUUCCCCUUCACCAGGACUGGGACUACGAGAGCUUUGUUCGGUACAUCACCUCCUCAGCCGCCAACUCGAUCGCGCCGCCGCAUGUCGAUUCCCGGGACCUUGGCUACCCGCUUUCGAGCUACUUUAUUAGUUCCAGUCAUAAUACUUAUUUGACGGGCAACCAGCUGUCUAGCGAGUCGAGCGCAGAUGCGUACAAGAACGUGCUGUUGCGCGGGUGCCGCUGCAUUGAGGUGGAUGUUUGGGAUGGAUCGGAUUCGGAGUCGGAGGAUGGUAAUGAUGAUGACGACGACGCCGCGUCGGUGACUUCGAGCAGUUCCAGCUCUAGCUCGGAUGAUGCUUAUGGUAGCGGGGAGGAGGGGACGGCGAGCAAGAUGAAGAGGAAAGCGAAGAGUAAGCUGCCUAGCUUUCUUGGUGGGAGGAAGAAGUCCAAGGAUAAGAAAAUUCGGCAGCCCAACGCCGCCACCACCACCACCACCACCACCACAACAACAACAACAACAAGAACGACAGCGGCGGAGGUACGGGCGGCAUCGGUAGCGGCGACGCCAGCGACAGCAACAACCAACGAGGCCGCCGCCCCAGCAGGAAGCCUCUCGGCGGAUACGACCAACCCCUUGGAGAAGAGCAAAACCGGCGGCUCUGCCUCCCUAUUCCCAACACUCAGCAGGAAGAGCACCAAAGAGCCGCGAGUGCUGCACGGGUACACGCUAACCAAGGACAUCACCUUCCGCGACGUGUGCGAGGCUAUCAAGGACUACGGCUUUGCCACCACCGACUUACCCCUGAUCGUCAGUCUCGAGGUGCACUGCAGCGCCGAGCAGCAAGAGAGGAUGGUGGACAUUAUGCGGCAAACCUGGGGAGACCUGCUCCUCCCGGAACCAGAGGAAGACGCCAAGUGUCUUCCCACUCCCGAAGAGGUGCGCGGAAAGAUUCUCGUGAAAGUCAAGUACGCCCCACCUCACGACGAGGGCGGCUCGACGACCCCCGAGGACCUGGAUAACACAGUCGCCAAUGCAUCCUUGGGACUACCAGAAGAACCAGGCCAGCCGAAGCAGCGGGCGGCGAAGAAGCCAUCCAAGAUCAUCUGGGCCUUGAGUAGGAUGGGCAUCUACACACGCGGCGUGUCGUUCAAGAGCCUGAUGCAGCCCGAGGCCGAAAUGCCGACGCACAUUUUCUCUCUGUCGGAGGGCGGGGUGAUGGAGGUGCAUAAGGAGAGUCGGCGGGCGCUGUUUGAGCAUAACAAGCGCUACCUGAUGCGGGCGUACCCGUCUGGCAUGCGCAUUUUGUCGUCAAACCUGGACCCGGCCGUGUUUUGGCGAAAGGGGAUCCAGAUUGUCGCGCUGAACUGGCAGAAUUGGGAUGAGGGCAUGAUGCUGAAUGAGGGCAUGUUUGCUGGGACGGGGGGUUAUGUGCUUAAACCUGCCGGCUACCGCUGCUCCAAACUCACCGGCAGCGACCCGGUCCCCGAAGCCGACACCCAAGCAGACGCAGUCCAGCACUACACAAUGGACCUUAGUAUCUCGGUCCUCGCCGCCCAAUCCCUCCCGCUUCCCCCGGGAGACACCAACAUCGACUCAUUCCGUCCGUAUCUCAAAGUCGAACUCCACGUUGAAGAGCCCGGCGAGCGCCACGGCACCGAUGAUCUCCCGCAAGACGGCAAGGAGAAAGAAGGCGAGUACAAGGCCAAGACGAAAUCGCUAAAGGGGUAUGGGCGCGAUCCGGAUUGGUCGGGGUCCAAGGUACAGGGCGGGAAGGGGAAUGGUGGUGCGGAACUGAAAUUCGAGAAUAUCCCUGGUGUUGUCCCGGAGCUCAGCUUUGUGAGGUUUUUGGUGCUGGAUGAUGAGAUUGGAAGGGAUUCGUUGGCGGCGUGGGCUUGUGUGAGGCUGGAUCGGUUGAGGGAGGGGUACCGGUUUGUGCAUUUGCUGGAUGCCAAGGGGAUGGAGAGCGAGGGUGUUGUUUUGGUGAAGGUUAAGAAGACGUUGAGGUUGUGA